AUGGCAUUUGAGAGAAAGGAUACCUUUAAUGUCCCUGAGAACAACCUCCAGAAUGGGGAAAAUCUCAUUCAGCAUGACAAGAUACACAUUUGUCAGCAGUCUUUUGAGCACAGUGAGGAAACAAAAAGCGGGAAGAAAAUGUUCCUUAUGUGCGAGAAAGAUUAUACCAAAGACUCAUGUACUGAGCCACUUGGCAAAGUGGGAGAAACAAUUCAUGUUGAAAAGCAAAUAUUCCAAAACGAUCCUUGCUUUGGUAAAUAUCAGCAAACACAAUCAGGAGAGAAACCCCAUGAACAUUUCAGCAGUGAGAAAUCUCUUAUUAAUAGAAUUGACACAGGAGAAAAUGAUUAUGUGUGCGAUGAACGUGAAGACAUUUUUUGCAAAAAACCAGAACUCACUGGAGGUCAGAUCUUUCACACUACAGAGAAGCCAUAUGAAUGCCGUGAGCCUGGAAAAGCCAUUUACCAGCAGUUAUCUCUUAUUAGACAUCAGAGAAUUGACACAGGGGAAAAACCUUAUGAAUGUACUAAGUGUGGGAAAACAUUUUCUCGUAGGUCAACCUUAAUCACGCAUUGGAGAACCCACACUGGGGAAAAACCUUAUGAAUGUGGUGAAUGUGGAAAAGCAUUUAUCAGGCAGGAGAGUCUCCAUAGACAUCAGCGAAUCCACACAGGAGAAAAACCUUAUGAGUGCGGUGAAUGUGGAAAAACAUUUUCUCGGAAAUCACACCUAACCUUACAUCAGAGAAUCCACACAGGGGAAAAACCUUACAAAUGUAGUGAGUGUGGAAAGGCCUUUACCAACCAGUCAGGUCUCAUUAUACAUCAAAGAACACACACUGGAGAAAAACCUUAUAAAUGUGAUGAGUGUGGAAAGGCCUUUAAUAACCAGUCAGGCCUCGCUAGACAUCAGAGAACCCACACUGGGGAAAAACCUUACCAGUGUAUUGAGUGUAAAAGAGGCUUUUCCAACCAGGGACAUCUCAUUGAACAUCAGAGAAUCCACACAGGGGAAAAACCUUAUGAAUGUAAUGAGUGUGGAAAAGCCUUUACCAACCAGUCAAGUCUCAUUAGACAUCACAGAAUCCACACAGGGGAAAAACCUUAUGAAUGUGAUGAGUGUGGAAAGGCCUUCAACAACCAGUCUGGUCUCAUUGAACAUUGGAGAACCCGCACUGGGGAAAAACCUUACCACUGUAUUGAGUGUGAAAGAGCCUUUUUCAAUCAGGCAGAUCUCAUUAAACAUCACAGAAUCCACACGGGGGAAAAACCUUAUGAAUGUAGUGAGUGUGGAAAAGCCUUUACCAACCAGUCAGGCCUCGCUAGACAUCAGAGAACCCACACUGGGGAAAAACCUUAUCAAUGUAGUGAGUGUCAAAAAGCCUUUGCCAGUCAGUCAGGCCUCAUUAGACAUCAGAAAGUCCACACCGAGAAAAACCUUAUGAAUAUAGCGAGUAUGAAAAGCAUUUUCUCAUAA